AUGAAUAAAAGAAUGGAAAAAGAAUUUGCUGAUUUAACAGCAAAUGCGCCUCAAGGUAUAAAAGUAGAAAAAUCUAAUGAAAAUAAUAAAUGGAUUUUUCAUGUUGAAGGACCUUAAGAUUCCGUUUAUGCAGGCGCUAACUUUAAAAUAUCAUGCACAUUCCCUGAAAAUUAUCCUUUUAAAAUGCCCGAAUUUAAAUUUGAUACAUUGAUUUGGCAUCCUAAUGUAUUAGAAAAUGGAGAAGUAUGCAAAGAAAUGCUUGGAGAAAAAGAAUGGGUACCCACUAAACAAAUUAAAGGAGUAAUUGAAAUUCUUGUCAAUAUGCUUGCUUAACCUAAUCUCGAUUCGGCUAUUAAUAAUGAAGCUUUAAAAUAAUUCAAAGAAGAUCCUGAUACUUUCAAAAAAACUGCUUAAUAAUGGGUUGCUAAACAUUGUCAUUGAAAUUGAUUAU